CAUUUUGUUCCUUUGCACGUUUCCACCUAAGAACCUUUUCGCUAUAAAGUCACUACUACAAUCAUACACCAACACAAGCUAUGCUUCAAGCAAAAACAACUGUAAUCCCAACAGAGACAUCAGAUGUCAAGGAUGUUGAAUCCGCAACAAGCAUCUUAGCUAGAAUAUGGCCUGAAUAUGACCCCCAUGGAUAUGGUAUCAUGGCUGAGAUGAUGGAAACAGUCCUGAGGCGGGUUGAGAAGGAGCAGGGUGCAUCGCUGCUAAGUCAGUCCAGCUGGGAGGAGUUAGGAGACUAUAUCGUGCGUGUUGAAGGCACCAUCGUCAGCCAAAGGGAUUUGAGUGAACUCCUCAGUCUUCUUCAGGGUGCACCACCUCCAACCACAGUGCCAUCCGUAGAAAUCCCUAUCGUUGGUGAGGAAUUUCACCAACUCACUUCUGUGUCUGGAUUGGAUAUACCUCAGAAUUAUACCAACAUUGGCCAAAGCGUCGAAAUUCGGGAUGGCGCCCACCAAAGAUACGGAAUGAUGUCUCCUUUCUCGGAAUCUGUAUCGGCACAAUCGACACAGCAAUCUCUACACCCACGUCAUCAUCCUUCAGUCCAUAUUCGGCCCAGAGGCAAUAGGCCGCCUAUCCGGAAGAUUUCACUAGGCGAAUCAACACAGUCUCGUCCACGGUUUUCAAGGUCAUCUCGUGGCUCUUCCUCAGGUGACGAGGAUUCGGAUAGAAGUGAGCAUCGUAUGUCGCCUUCCAGUCCUGGCUCACGAGGAUCGCGCUCUGAUGCCUCGACUUCGUCUUCCAGUCCUACGAUUGGCGAUUCGAAGGAAUGGCGAGCUAACUAUAACAAUAUGAGUAUCCGAGAGCAGAGUAGGACAGAGUAUGAGGGCUAUGGCCUCGAUGCAGAAUACGAUUCGCCUGCCAACAUAGAAUCAGACCAACAGAAAUUUUUGGCCCUUCAAAGAAAGCUCAAAGAGACUGAGCGUGAGCUUGAGUACCAGUCACGGGCCAACGAGCAGGCAAUGGCUGCUAGUAUGAACCAGCAAGAGAUAGAAGAGCUUCGACGUGAUGUAAUCGCAAAGCGGCGUGAGAUUGAGGAGUUUAAGAAGAAUGAUCAAUAUAAAUCAGCUCAAAUUGCAGAGCUGACGCAACAGAUUGAAAAGAGCGAGCUAUCAAGCUCGACACAAAAAAGUAAUGCUGUAGCCUGGAAGAAGCGUCAGGAUGAGCUUAUGGAGGAUAAUGCCCGCAUCCGAGAGUCAUUGAAGCAAACAGAGGAUGCCUUAAAACCACUAAUCACCCGUCUUGCUACUGCAGAAGCACUUGAGCGCCGGGUAGGUCCAUAUCUAAUAGUUUACAUGGCGGUAUUUAAGUUGGCUACUGCAAAACUGAUAUCAUGGAAGAUUGAACAACAAUAACUCACAACAAAAUCACAUAUGUUAUUGACUGUUGAACACCAAAAUUAGUACAAUGCCGAACAAAGAACAAAUGAGGAGUUAAGAGAGAGACUAGCGCAAGAAAUUGCUAUGAAUGAAGAAAUUAGGCAAAAAUUAGAACUGGCAACCAGAGAAACACUUCGGCUCACGGAGCUUAAUGGUGACUUGAAGAAUGAGGUCGAAACGUUGGCAGGAGGAGCCAACACUUCCAGUUUGUCUUUUAGUCAGAUUCCUGAG